UAUAUUUUCGAACAAAAUAAAAGAAAAAAAAAAUGAUUUCAUUCAAAGAAACAACAAAUGUACAAUUUUCUAUGAGAUGUUAAUAAAAGUGUACUAAACUUUUGUACUUCAUUUACUAUUCAACACAAAAAAAAAUAUUAUAAAAAAAUUGUACGUGAAGCAUAACAGGUACAUUGAAGCUCGCAGACACAAAAAAAACGUUGUUAUUGUGAUUCCAUUCAUUUAUAUUCAUUGAGUCGAUGGAGGACAAGACACAUGGAACAACUAUUAUUACUACACCAUUACAAUAAAAAAAUAUAAUUAUUUUAAUCUCUUCAUUAUCGUAGAGAAAAAAAUAAUAAAAAAAUUCCAAGAAAAGUGUGUGCAAAAUAAAUUUAUGAUAAUUAUAAUCUCGUAAUCUAAAGAGGUGUGAAAAUAGUAAAAAAAAUUAAACCUUAUCAAAAAAAAAAAAAUUAAAUUAAAAAUAGAAAGUCAAAAUUUCCGAGAAAAGUGUCGACGAAAUAGUUUUCGUUUCCAAGAAUUGACAAAACAACGGAAUUAUGCGUUUCGUGUACUUUUUUCUGUGUCAACCUUAAUGAAAUAACAAAAAUAAAAUAAUAACAUUGCGUUAAGAGAAAAUAAUAAACAAAAAAUAUUUAUUGAUGUUACACAAAAACAAAAAAUACUAAAGAAUUGUGUCGUUCAUGUCAAUUACAAUUAUUCGGCACAAAAAUAAAUAACAAAAAAUUUUGUGAAUGAAAAAUAUUAUUUUGAAGGUACGUAAAAAGUGUCUUUUGUGCCCUUUUGACGCACGAAACGAAAGAAAUAUUAAUACAGGAUUAUGAGAGAUGUGACGAGGGAUCUUCUCGUAUUUGAUUAGGAAGAUACUUGGGAGAAAUAACAUUUUCCGAGAAAAGAAGGAAAUAAGAAGCAGAGAAAUUGCGCGUGCGUAAUUUACACAUCUAUUUAUGGGGCAGAACAAUGCAAAGACGCAAGCAACCUCAAAAAGUACAACAAACAACGACGACGACCUAAAACAGCCAAAAUCCCAAGCUGGUCAAAAAAAUCAAGUACCGCAUGCGACAACAAUAGCAGCAGCAACAACGCAAACCGGAAACUUAAUAAUUAGCAUACACAUGUUAACGAUGAAUAAUUCUAAUGAAGUGAACAGUAACACAAGCUGUCGGCCGAGUGCCGUUGCCGACUGUAAUAGUAAUAAUAACACACCAGCAACAGAUAUAUCCGCUUGUAGUAAAGAUCAAUAUAACAAUAAACAACAACAACAAAGCAGCAGCGAAAAGGCGAGUACUAGUGUGUAUAAAAAAUUCAACAGUAAAUACAACAAAGCGACACUCAUCACGUCGCCGGGCAGCAGCUCGUCAUCAGCCAAUUCGCCGACAUCAUCGCCCGACUCUAAAACCUGUGAUAAUCAAUCUAAUAAUAAUGCGUCGAUAACUAAUAGCAGUAGUAGUAGUAGUAAUAGUAGUAAGGAGGAGGCAGUUUCGCCAUCGAGCAGCUUCCGGUUGAGCAGUUGUCCGUUCGCCGAUAAAAUUAGCAACAUGUUGGUGAACAAGUGCAAAUUCGGAAGUAGUUCGUCGUCGUCAUCAUCAUCGGGGACAUCCAAGGUGAGAAAAGGUCUCUUGGGAAAAUUCAAAAGUAGCACAAAGCAAAAGAAAAGUAGGGACGAAAGCGAUGCCAACACAUCUCUUAAUACGAGUUCCUCGAGCAAUGAUUCCGAAAAGACUGACACCACGUGUACACAUUGCUCGGCAUCAGCGCAUCGUGUCGCAGCGACAUCUGACGAAGCAUCCGCGUCAUCCUCAGCAACAGCAGGAACUUCUCCAAUUCCUUCCUCGAGCAAACUCACGUUCAAUCCGAACAAUUCCAUGUUUCCGUUGCCAAAUACGUCGUUCUCCAUCACGAGUGGCGGUUCAGCGACAACAGCACCUGCCGCGAUUAUCUUGCAAGAUUCGUCACUUUUGCACACGAAUGGAUGGUACGGAAGUCUCAAUAACACGAGCGGCGGGAAAAUUAUUCUCGUACAAUCGCUUUUUGAUAUGACCCGGUUGUCGGAUGACUCGUUGGAGGAUUGUGACGAAGCAGCUCGCAUCCGACGGGCGCGACAAAUUGCGGAAGGUGUUGAAGCGCCGCCUGGUUUUGUGCCAAGUAGUGGCGGAAGUGCAACAAGUAGUCAGUUACAGACGUUGUUGUGCCAAUUUGGUAUGGAUCCGUUCAAUGUUGCGCUGAAAAAUCGAAUUUUGCAACAACAGCCGAUUUUGUGUGGCGAAGAGUAUCCACGCGUGCAUUCACAAGCCGAUUACAUUCAUUGUCUAGUCCCGGAUCUUAAGAAGAUCACAAGUAGUGUCUUUUAUUGGGGUAAGAUGGAUCGAUAUGAAGCUGAGAAAUUGCUGGAAGGCAAACCAGAAGGUACAUUCCUGUUACGAGACUCUGCCCAAGAAGAAUAUUUGUUCUCGGUUUCAUUCAGAAAGUAUGGACGUUCCUUGCACGCUCGUAUUGAACAAUUCAAUCAUCAAUUUAGUUUUGACUCGCACGAUCCCGGUGUUUAUACAGCAACGACAGUUACGGGUCUCCUCGAACACUAUAAGGACCCGUCUUGUGUGAUGUUCUUUGAGCCAUGUCUCACGCUUCCACUCAGUCGUAACAAUGCAUUUUCGCUGCAAGAGCUCGCACGUGCCACAAUUGUCAGUCAAACAACGUACGAUGGCAUCGAUCAACUUUCCAUACCAAAGAUGCUGAAAUCCUACCUGAAGGAGUAUCACUACAAGCAACGCGUUCACGUAAAAGUCCACGAAUAUUCCGACAUUUAGUGAUCCGAUUGGGAAACGGAAAGUGUGGAGCAUCCGACGACAUCGAUGCAGAUCCUUUUGCUGAAACGCUUGAAGUCAAUCUUUUGCAAGGGCAGUCGUCAAACAUGAAUCUCCACGUUUUCAGAACCAAAAUUGAAAAUUUCCUUUUUUUUAAUCACAAAAAUAUAUUUAUUUUUUUUCUGUAUUACAAAAUUCUCCUCUUACUACUAAAAAAAAUUGUAAUUUAACUAUUUUUUAAGUUAUUUAUAUUCUAAUUCUAUAAAAAAAAAGUUCUUUAGUUACUAUGUAUCAUAAUAAUUCAAUUAUAAUUUAAUUAGGCUGAGCCAAUUGUUAAUUUGUUUUUGUUUCCUUUUGUCUCAUUACAAUCCAAAGUAUUAACAGAUAAAAA